AUGUGUGGAGAUGGUUUUGUUUUAAAUGGUUGUGAGCAUUACGUUAUAACCUGUGCUUUCUACAUGUACACAUACCAACACAUAAUUAUUAUGUAUGGUGACGGUAAUCGCGAUGUGAACACAGUAUCAGCAACACAUACAAUUGCACACGUUGUGUUGCGUGAUCGUGCUGUUAGACACAAUUUCUUAAGUUACCAGCUAUAUCUUCACGUGGCAAUCUCACUUGCCGCAUACACUCAUCACUCAGAUACACUUCACAAUUUGAGGUAA